AUGGUUGUACAUCAUGACGUCAUGAAGGAAGAAACAAGCGGCCGUGUGGCCUCUUACCUUGAGGCUCAACAACCUUUAAAAACACUAAACAUCAUGCGGUGCGAGAAGGAAACUUAUCCACUAUACGAGAAAAAAGUCGUCGGAAAUGUCCAGCCUAAAGAGGAACCAAAAAAUGAAGAAAACCGAAAAUUUUUGCGUGGCGUUGUCACUUCUCUCAUGUAUGUUCUGGAACCGAUUUUGCCGGACGAUGGCGUAAAGGGAGACGGAAAAAUCGCUAGCUUAUUGUACUUGAUUUGUCUAACAACAGCGGGGGUGGUAUUUAAUCUUUCUAAAUGGCUUCAAGAUGAUUCUAAGGCCGACUCCGGCGUGACAACGGACCACAUUGAUGGGUUCCUGAUCACCUGUAUCUGUCCAGCUCUGUUGUGGAUCUGUUACAUCUUUUGUAAACAAAGCGAUCGGAAGACAGUAGACUUCAUCACGCCUUCGCCCCACUCACACAGACCUCUCAUGGCGGGUGCUUACGUUUUCGGCGCAGGAAGUUGUGUCAUGGAUCUCCUCCACAUAACAUUUUAUAUCGAAUGCUCAUCCAACUUAUCCAGCCUUUUCUUCUCCAUUUUCAAGGCUGUGUUUAUUUUUGCGCAAAUUCUAUUUUUAAGAAAGUUUGCCACAGCCACCCUUCAUAAAUCACCGAGCAUUCGACUUGUACUUUUCCAUAUACUUGGUACCAACGUGUGCCUAUGGUUUCGAGCGCUUUUUAGCCAUUCGAAAAGCAUUUUCAGCGCGCGAAAAUCACUUGAAGAUCUAAGCACUCGUGAAGAGAACGCUUGCUUUGCAAAUCACUACUCCAUGAAAAAGAUUUGGGAGGCGUCCGAACCUUAUUUAUAUCCAUUUACAAUGGAGUAUUCACUAAUCGCGGGUGGCAUUUUGUACACCAUGUGGAGCGGGAUGCGGGAUCUUGAUCCCGACCCACAAGAUAUUUAUAUCUAUGACGAGCUGUCUGACUUUAAUACGACAUCAGAUAAUCUUAGUGAACGACUAGAAAAAUUCGAACAUGACCAUGGAUAUGGGACCUGCGAAGCCGCCACACCGUCUAGGGAUUCUGUAUCAAGUGGCAGAUUUUCCAGCCGUUUCUCACUGAACAGAGCCAUGUCAAACUCGUCCAUAUGUCAGUCAUGCAUCGAGAAUCAAGAUGCACUUCGCAUGCACGCGAUCCCCAGCUCGGACCCAGGCCUUUUGAUUGGUCUCUUGUUCUCGAUCGUUUUGCUACUCGCCGUGGGUUUACUGUGGGUUGACCGAGACUCCCUAAAUGCGCUUAAAUUUUAUUACCUUUACCAAAUUAUUUUGCUGGUGUUCAUGUGCGUGGCCUGCUGGGUAGUAUUGAGGUGUUUAAUGAAUCAAAAAUUUACGUGGUACCCGUUUGGUGCAGAUGACACUCUCUUGAUAGUUUCGUUCACAGGGAUGUUUCUCUACGCCGGUUUAUGCCUCACAGCUGCCAUCGCCGAAAUAAGGAAUCAUCGUUACGCAUCGGAUUUCUCACUCGCUAAAUCAACAUUGAUUCUGUUCCAAGCCAUGCUACAGGCUACUGCUCUUAUCAAGGCGCUGCGUUUCAGACCGCUCAAGGAACUGGGAGCGAAUAUAGUCCGACAAGGAACGCUGUUUUUGCUGACCACGAAUGUUGCACUGUGGGCGCAGGAUUCAUUCUUCGAAAUGAGGAACUUUGCGACCACACCAGUUCAGACGGUGUUUUACGGUGAGACUUCCUGGAGGGCAAUUACCACUUUAGCUUAUCCUUUAUGUAUUUUCUUUCGCUUUCACUCUGCAGCUUGCUUAUUUGAAGUGUGGUCUUGCUUUAGAGUUAACAACUUGAGCUAA